AUGCCCCCAAAAAGAACCCUAAAAUACUACCUCCUCCUCAAACCCAUCGCCCUCCUCCUCCGCACCCUAGCCUAUACCCUGGCCCCUCGCAUAACCCCAACCCCAACAACCACCCUCCACAUCCCGUCCCGCGACCCCCAAAGAACCAUCAAAGUUCAUGUCUACAGCCCCCCAAACCCAACCGCAAAUCCCACCAAGGGCCCCCUCCCCAUCCUCCUCAACUUCUGCGGCAGCGGCUUCGUCAUCCAAGGCCACGGCUCCGACAAUACCUACUGCACCCACAUCGCCCGCCACACGCCCUACACGGUCUUCGACGUGCGAUAUCGCAUGGCCCCCGAACACCCCUUUCCGGCUGCCCUGAACGAUGCAGAAGACGUGUUGGCGUAUGUGCGGGCGCGGCCGGAGAUGUAUGAUGGGAGUCGCGUGGGGCUGAGCGGGUUCUCUGCGGGGGGGAAUUUGGCGACGAGUUUGGCGGCGAACCAGGCAGGGCCGUUUAGGGUGCUGGUGGCGUUUUAUCCGGUUGUGGAUGCUACGAGGCCUUUUGGGGAGAGACGGGCGCCGGAGGUUGGGGGAUGGACUUUGCCUGGGUGGUUUGUGCGGUUUUGUACGGUGGCUUAUUUGAGUGGCGGGGUGGAAGGGCGGGGUGGAGAUGUAAGGAUUUCACCAAUUCGGAGGGCGGUUGGUGAUUCUGGUGGCUGGAGGGUGGAGAGGGUGUUGUUGGUUUCUGCGGCAAGGGAUUUGUUGGCGCCAGAGUUGGAGGAGUUGGGCGGGUUGUUGAAGAAGGGGGGGAAUGGGGAGUUUUUGCACAAGGUCGUUGUGGAGCGGGUGGCCGGGGUGGGACAUGGUUGGGAUAAGAUUGCUCAGGAGGGGACGGAGGGCUGGGACCAGAUGAUGCGGGUGUAUAACAUGGUCGUGGAUUUGUUGAAUUAGUUAGCCGCCCUUUUCUUCUGUUAUGAUGGGGUUGGAGGGGGGAGGACGGUUUGAUAAUGUUUAAUUUCUGUGGGGUUGGUGGGUUUUUUUUUUACUUGUAUGGAUUUGUGAUUU